AUGGAAGGUGAAGAAGGAACGCAGACACAACAGCUAAUUCUAGCCAACAAAAUCUUUCUGCUCACCCACCCAGACGUCGACGACCUGCAGAAAGUUCGCCUCCGCGACGAGGUCUUCAAUGCCGUCGUCGCCAAUGAUAUGGCUCCCUUGUACCAAACCCUAAUCGCGAACUCGGUACUGAAUUUGGAUCAGAAGGUGCUCGAUUCGAUGCGGGCUAAAAUUGACGAGGAGCUCAAAAAGCUUGACGAAAAGAUUGCUGAUGCAGAAGAAAAUUUGGGGGAAAGUGAGGUCAGGGAGGCCCAUCUGGCAAAAUCCCUAUUUUUCAUUCGUAUUGGGGACAAGGAUAAAGCACUGGAACAGCUCAAGGUAACAGAGAGCAAAACUGUGGCUGUUGGGCAGAAAAUGGACCUGGUAUUUUAUACACUCCAGAUGGGUUUCUUUGACAUGGACUUCGACCUUAUUUCUAAAAGCAUUGAUAGAGCAAAGAACCUAUUUGAAGAAGGUGGUGACUGGGAAAGAAAGAACCGGUUGAAGGUCUACGAAGGACUCUUCUGCAUGUCCACCCGCAACUUCAAGAGAGCAGCUAACCUUUUCCUUGAUUCUAUCUCAACAUUUACAACCUAUGAACUUUUUCCUUACGACACUUUCAUAUUUUAUACUGUCCUUACAAGCAUUAUUACCUUGGAUCGUGUUUCCCUGAAACAGAAGGUAGUGGAUGCCCCAGAGAUCUUGACAGUUAUCGGAAAGAUCCCUUAUCUUUCUGAGUUUUUGAACUCCUUAUAUGAUUGUCAAUACAAGGCAUUUUUUUCUGCCUUUGCUGGCAUAACUGAGCAUAUUAAGUUGGAUCGCUACUUGCACCCACACUUCCGUUAUUACAUGAGGGAGGUGCGAACUGUUGUUUAUUCACAGUUCUUGGAGUCAUAUAAAAGUGUCACAAUUGAGGCAAUGGCUAAGGCAUUUGGGGUGUCCGAGGACUUCAUUGAUACGGAGCUCUCUCGGUUUAUUGCUGCAGGGAAGUUACACUGCAAAAUUGACAAGGUUGCUGGUGUGCUAGAAACAAAUCGGCCCGAUGCUAAGAAUGCUCUGUACCAGGCAACCAUCAAACAAGGGGAUUUCUUGUUGAACCGUAUCCAAAAGCUUUCGCGAGUUAUUGAUCUCUAGGCAAUUUCUUCCUACACUAGCACCAGCCUAGAUGUACUCACGAUUCCUGAAUACUGAAAUUUGGUUAAUUUUCUUCUGUAACUGAAAAAUCCACUCUUAUUUUUCUGUUUGAAUUGAAAAUAUUUUCCUUCCCCGUGGAUUUUCUUGACUGGGUCAUUUUCUUUGCCGUUUAGAGUUGGGUAUUGUGCAAUAUUACAAUGACUUUUGUUUACAUCCUCUAGUUGUUAGAAGACAAUUAGUAUGGGCUUUUAUUUGUUCCUAAUGGAUAAUAGAGUUUGAGUGCAUCUCACAAUUGCAACUUCUUAUGUAAGAAAUUUGUAGACUA